AUGGACACAUCUCAAGACGAAGAAGAACUCAAAGUAACAUUCUACCCCGAACUCUUCCUGCAACGGCGCAUCUGGAUCCUAAACGUCCUCAGACGCGAAUCCAUCACCCAAGUCCUAGACGCAGGUUGCGGAGAAGGCGAACUCCUCACAGUCCUCUGCCAACCGGCCCCAUGGCUCCCUGCUCCCCCUGCUUCCAUCUUGCCUCCUUCUCCCUCUUCUCCUUCUGCUUCUUCUUCCCCAACUUCUACCGCCACCUCCCCUGAACAAAUCACAGCACCGGAAUCACCAACAUACAACACAGAAGACGACAUACCCAACCUCCACAUAUCCUUACUCCACGGACUCGAUAUAUCCGCUAGUGAUCUAGAAUUCGCGAUCGAACGUACCCAACCACCACCCCCCGAACCUGAAGUCGAAGACAAGGGGUACAGGACGUACUCGACAGGCGUACAGCGCUGGGAAGAUCUCCAAGUCCAGAUCUGGAAAGGCGGCUUGGAGACGAUCAACGAGGUGUUCGUAGGCGUCGAAUGUAUCGUCAGCACUGAAGUAAUCGAACAUCUCCUCCCUGAAACCCUUCCAGCAUUCGCACCAAUGCUCCUAGGCGUCUACCACCCCCUCUUCCUCUUAAUAACAACCCCUUCAUACACCUACAACGCGCGCUUCACCUCACCCACCUCCCUUCCCUCUGUGCGUAAAGGUUUCCCGGACCCAACGAAAAGGACAGAUAGGGUAUUCAGACACCACGAUCAUAAAUUCGAAUGGACAUUUGUAGAAUUUUCCGAAUGGUGUAACCGUGCAGCGGAAGAGUGGGGAUACGAAGUGAAGGUAUCUACCGUUGGCAGAGCGGUGGAGGUUGAUCCGUGGGGGCGGGAGGAGGAAUUGGGUGGUGCUUCGUGCGUUGCCGAGUUUCGUCGGAUCGAUGCGAAGCAUAGUGACGGGGGAAGAGAACAACGCGCCCGAGCACUCAUCGCUUCCUUAACCCUCGAAAGCACAGAACACACCCUCCUAACAACACACACCCACCCCGCGCACGCAUCCUCCCAAACGCCCUUAUCCCUCCCCAUCAUCGCACAACGCGUCAAAGCGAAGAUGGAGGAAUAUAGAGAAGCGUUCAUGCGCAUGGAAGAAAUAUGGUUCGAGCGUGACGUUUGCGUUGGGUGUGGUGGGUUUAUCGAGGUGCUCGUACGUGCCAUUGAGGAGUCUUCUGAGUUGGUGCUUAGGAAAGAGGGGGAUGAGGGUGAUGGCGGGAGGACGAGGAGGAGUAAUUGGGUCGUUGAGCUCGUCGGUGCUGAUAUCCCUCGUCGGGAUCGGGACCUUUGGGCUGAUGCUGAUGAGGGGAAUAGAAGUUUAGAUGGCUUGGUGCCGGGGGAUUGGACACCUGGUGAGGGGCCGCAUGAGUUGCCUGAUGGGGGUACUAGUGAUGAGUAUGAUUACUACGAGGGAGAAUCGACGGGCGCGGAGGGGGAUGUUUCGUGGGGUGAUUCAGGGGAGGAAGAAGAAGAAGGGGAGCCUGGGUGGGGUGGUUUGCGUGGUUGGGGGAAGUACAAGCUCAAGCGCAAAGACGGUGAGGAGGAAGGGGACGUACGUGAUUGGGGGAGCGUGUUGGGUGAUUGGGGCUCGGAUGGUGAGCAGCAGCAGCAAAGUCACGGUGCAGGUGUUAUACCCCUUAGUGCGAGCAGCUCGACGGCUGGGUGGGAUGGGGAUGAUGAUGGAAGUGAUAGUGAUACUACUUCGUGA